ACUAAUGCCUUUGACUAACGCUUACAAGCGUCACAGGAAAACCACUGAUUUUUAGGAGAAAACUUUGAAUAGUAAAAUUCAUUUAGCUUAUAUUAAAAUGUGCCCAUUAUACUGUGAAAGAGCACCGUAUCUUUAGUUUCUUGGAUCCAGUGAAUUCCCUGACAUCUUCUGUACUGUAGUUAGUCUGGAUUCAGAUCACUCCAUCAUUGCAGAUGUGUUCAGUAAAUAUUUGAACUUGGGUGUGAAACUGUUUGCUGUAGAAAUAUUUACAGAACAGGAGUUUCAGUUGAUACAAUAACUGGUCGAACUUAGUGCAAGCAACCUUGCAUGUUUUAGAGGUAAUUAAGAAUAAUAGUUAACUAUAGGUUGAUUAUACUUUAGGCUUAUAAGUGUUUAAAAAUAAUGAAGGUGUUAUGCCUUAUACUUUGAAGGAAGUUCCAUAUUAUUUAUACUAUAUAUUAUAUUAUAUGAAAGUAGCAAAAAUCUAAUAACAUAAAGGAACCAAACGAUUAUGAUACUUGGCACAAUUGACAAAAAAAACACUUGUCGUCUGAACCAUUAAAAACACCCAGUACGUUUUGAACCCACUUGAUGGCGCUGUCGGCAUAUCUGUGGUAUAGGCCCGACUUUGUGUCGUCGAGGAAGUCAAGUUAUUUAUGCAUUAUUAAGGAAGUAAAAGUGUAUCUGAAAAAUAGAUCAGUACAGUGAUUCUGAUGAACAAAUAAAAUAAGAUUAUAAGUACUUCAUAUGAGUAUAACCAGUCUUCAAUACAUGGUAAAGUAGGUUUUGUUUUUGUUAUCCCUGGAUCGAAUGUGGAUCAGGAGCGAGCAGCAGCGUAAAGCCGUUCAGAAUGAGCAGGACGCCAGCGGACGGAGGCGGCAUGGCCCAGAAAUGUAACUUUCAGUUCUCCAUCAGGCAGUACAGACCUUCAGAUCAGCACGAGGUCACGUCCCUCUUUACCGACGGGGUGCUUGAGCACGUGUACCCAGCUUUCUUCAAGGCCAUGCGCCACCCAGACCACGUCGGCAUGGCUCUGAGCAUUUCCAUGGCCGGCUACGUGCUGGGAGGCAGCUCCUACUUUCAAGCUUUUCUCUUUGGCAGUGCAUGGGCCGGCCUUAUUUAUUACUGCUGCCACCAAAUCCACCAGGACUACCUAGCGGGGCGAAUGCGUACAGACAUGGCUGACGUUGUAGCCAACUACCUGGAGAAGCCAGGCAAUGGCUUCUGGGUGGCGGAGGCGGACGUCAGAGGCCAGGCCAGGGUGGUGGGGAUGGUGGCCGUGGUUGGGAGCACGGCAGAGGAAGAAGCUGAGAAGUUUGAUGACUGGAACGGAGGAGUGAUGCAGGGAGAAUCCGACGACGAUGCAGGAGAUGGGCGUUUCGGCGAGCUGAUGCACACGGUUGUGAAGUUUCCGUGGCGCCACAAACACCUGGGCUCCCAGCUGAUACAGAAGGCCGUAGACUUCUGCAAAGAGCGAGGCUACGGCCGCCUGGUUGUGGACGUCAGCUCUCCACAGACAGCAGCCAUUAGUUUGUACCAGACGCUGGGCUUCCUCCAAACUUCAAGCCACAGUGACACUCAUGCAAACUGGUGGUUUUCCAAACUGGCCAGAAUAAUUGUUAUGCGGAUGGAAAAGUUAAUUUAACCCAAAGUGGGACGACUCUGUAUCUGAUGCAAAUUGUAUUGUACAGCAAGAUUAUGUCAGUUCAUUUAUGCUUUGUGGCUCUUUUAGUGCUAAAGUCUCUUUGCUGAGUUUUAUCUAGUCUCCAGCUCGCUAUCAUGACAGUCUGCAAAAAAAAAACACAUUAAAUUUCAUGUUUUU